GGCGCCGGAGGGGUUGUCAUUUGCAGCGCUGGUCGCCGCCCUCAGCUGCGCCGGGCGGUUCCGGCUCCUCCCUCUCCUGGUGCCUCAGCGCCACCAUGGUGCUGGAGUCGGUGGUCGCGGACUUGCUGAACCGCUUCCUGGGGGACUAUGUGGAGAACCUGAACAAGUCCCAGCUGAAGCUGGGCAUCUGGGGCGGAAAUGUGGCUUUGGAUAAUCUACAGAUAAAAGAAAAUGCCCUGAGUGAAUUGGAUGUUCCUUUUAAAGUCAAGGCUGGCCAAAUUGAUAAAUUAACUUUGAAGAUUCCUUGGAAAAACCUGUAUGGAGAAGCAGUUGUUGCGACCCUGGAAGGAUUAUACCUGCUUGUUGUCCCUGGAGCAAGUAUUAAGUAUGAUGCUGAAAAAGAAGAAAAAUCCUUGCAGGAUGUUAAACAGAAAGAGCUAUCCCGAAUUGAAGAAGCCCUUCAAAAAGCAGCAGAAAAAGAUAAGCCAAAAGAAGCCAAAAAGGAUACAUUUGUGGAAAAAUUGGCAACUCAAGUAAUAAAAAAUGUACAAGUAAAAAUCACAGAUAUUCACAUUAAAUAUGAAGAUGAUACAUCCACUAGGGGGCUUGGAACAUAUCUCCAGAGGAUAAGGGGGAACUGCUGUAUAUAUCCAAAGGAAUUGAAGUCAGUAUGUCAAAGAGAUGUCAGCAUUCCCUUGUUCAUUUCAGCACUAUUCACUAUAGAGAAGAUUGCCCAUCAGUGGAUGAAUGGGUCACUGAUCCAAAGCGGCCUCUUUCAUUUGGUGUCACACUGGGAGAGCUUAGUCUACUGACUGCAAAUGAACACUGGACUCCAUGCAUAUUAAAUGAAGCAGACAAAAUUAUAUACAAGCUUAUACGACUUGAUAGUCUUAGUGCCUACUGGAAUGUAAAUUGCAGCAUGUCUUACCAGAGAUCAAGGGAACAGAUUUUGGAUCAGCUGAAAAAUGAAAUUCUUACAAGUGGAAAUAUACCCCCAAAUUAUCAAUACAUUUUCCAGCCAAUAUCAGCCUCUGCAAAACUCUACAUGAAUCCUUAUGCAGAAUCAGAGCUCAAAACGCCCAAACUGGAUUGCAACAUAGAAAUACAAAAUAUUGCCAUUGAACUGACCAAACCUCAGUACUUAAGUAUGAUUGACCUUUUGGAGUCAGUGGAUUAUAUGGUUAGGAAUGCGCCUUAUAGGAAAUACAAGCCUUAUUUACCACUUCAUACCAAUGGUCGACAAUGGUGGAAAUAUGCAAUUGAUUCUGUUCUUGAAGUUCAUAUAAGAAGGUAUACACAGAUGUGGUCAUGGAUUAACAUAAAAAAGCACAGGCAGUUACUCAAGAGUUAUAAAAUUGCCUACAAAAACAAGUUAACACAGUCUAAAGUCUCAGAAGAAAUACAGAAAGAAAUUCAGGACUUGGAGAAGACUCUAGAUGUUUUUAACAUAAUUUUAGCAAGGCAACAAGCACAAGUUGAGGUGAUUCGGUCUGGGCAAAAAUUAAGGAAAAAGUCUGCUGACACAGGCGAGAAACGUGGAGGCUGGUUUAGUGGGUUUUGGGGUAAGAAAGAGUCUAAGAAAAAGGACGAAGAAUCAUUGAUUCCUGAAACUAUUGAUGACCUUAUGACUCCAGAGGAAAAAGAUAAACUCUUCACUGCCAUUGGUUAUAGUGAGAGUACCCACAACCUAACUUUACCUAAGCAGUAUGUUGCCCAUAUAAUGACCCUGAAGUUAGUAAGCACCUCUGUUAUGAUAAGAGAAAACAAGAAUAUUCCAGAAAUACUAAAAAUUCAGAUAAUUGGCCUGGGCACUCAAGUAUCUCAGCGACCAGGAGCACAAGCACUUAAGGUAGAAGCGAAAUUAGAACACUGGUAUAUAACAGGUUUGAGACAGCAGGAUAUUGUGCCAUCACUUGUGGCUUCAAUUGGUGACACUACAUCAUCCUUGCUUAAAAUUAAAUUUGAAACCAAUCCGGAGGAUAGUCCUGCUGACCAGACUCUGCUUCUUCAGUCCCAGCCUGUGGAGGUCAUCUAUGAUGCUAAAACUGUCAAUGCAGUGGUUGAAUUCUUUCAAUCAAAUAAGGGAUUGGAUCUUGAGCAAAUAACAUCAGCAACAUUGAUGAAGCUGGAAGAAAUUAAGGAGAGAACAGCUACAGGACUUACACAUAUUAUUGAAACUCGAAAAGUCCUUGAUUUAAGGAUAAAUCUGAAGCCUUCUUAUCUAGUAGUUCCACAGACAGGUUUCCACCAUGAAAAGUCAGAUCUUCUGAUUUUAGAUUUUGGUACAUUUCAGCUCAACAGUAAAGAUCAAGGUUUACAGAAGACUACUAAUUCAUCUCUGGAAGAAAUAAUGGAUAAGGCAUAUGACAAGUUUGAUGUUGAAAUAAAAAAUGUACAACUACUUUUUGCAAGAGCAGAGGAAAACUGGAAAAAGUGUCGAUUUCAGCAUCCAUCAACUAUGCAUAUAUUGCAACCCAUGGAUAUUCAUGUUGAGUUGGCUAAGGCCAUGGUAGAAAAAGACAUUAGAAUGGCCAGAUUUAAAGUGUCAGGAGGACUUCCUUUGAUGCAUGUGAGAAUUUCUGACCAGAAGAUGAAAGAUGUGCUAUAUUUGAUGAACAGUAUACCUUUGCCACAGAAAUCAUCAGCCCAGUCUCCAGAGAGACAGGUAUCCUCAAUUCCUAUUAUUUCAGGUGGGACAAAAGGUCUACUUGGUACUUCACUGUUGCUAGACACUGUGGAAUCAGAGUCUGAUGAUGAGUAUUUUGAUGCUGAAGAUGGAGAACCACAGACUUGUAAAAGUAUGAAAGGAUCAGAACUUAAAAAAGCUGCAGAGGUCCCAAAUGAGGAGCUCAUCAAUCUUCUACUCAAGUUUGAAAUUAAAGAAGUGAUUUUGGAAUUCACUAAACAGCAGAAAGAAGAAGAUACAAUUCUAGUAUUUAAUGUUACUCAGUUAGGAACAGAGGCCACAGUGAGAACAUUUGACUUAACUGCGGUAUCUUAUUUAAAGAAAAUCAGCUUGGAUUAUCAUGAAAUUGAAGGAUCCAAAAAGAAGCCCCUUCACUUGAUUAGCUCUUCUGACAAACCUGGAUUAGAUCUUUUGAAAGUGGAGUAUAUUAAGGCUGAUAAGAAUGGACCUAGUUUUCAAACUGCUUUUGGAAAAACUGAACAAACAGUUAAGGUGGCCUUUUCAUCUUUAAAUCUGUUGCUGCAAACACAAGCUCUUGUCGCUUCUAUUAAUUACCUCACAACCAUUAUUCCAUCUGAUGAUCAAAGCAUAAGUGUUGCCAAGGAGGUACAAAUUUCAACUGAAAAACAACAAAAAAAUUCAACUCUGCCAAGAGUGAUUGUAUCCUCCAGAGAUAGUGACAUUAUUGGCUUCAGGCUAUUUGCCAAGCUGAAUGCUUUCUGUGUCGUUGUUUGCAACGAAAAGAACAAUAUCGCCGAAAUCAAGAUUCAAGGCCUGGAUUCCUCCCUUUCUCUCCAGUCAAGAAAGCAGUCACUUUUUGCCCGACUAGAAAAUAUUAUUGUCACAGAUGUUGAUCCAAAGACAGUUCAUAAGAAAGCUGUGUCAAUAAUGGGAAAUGAAGUUUUCCGUUUUAAUUUGGAUUUGUAUCCAGAUGCUACUGAGGGGGAUUUGUAUACUGACAUGUCCAAAGUGGAUGGUGUGCUGUCUCUGAAUGUUGGCUGUAUUCAGAUUGUCUAUCUUCAUAAAUUCCUUAUGUCACUUCUGAACUUCCUGAAUAAUUUCCAGACAGCCAAAGAGUCUCUGAGUGCUGCCACUGCCCAGGCUGCAGAAAAGGCUGCCACAAGUGUGAAAGAUCUUGCCCAGAGGAGUUUUCGUGUUUCCAUCAAUAUUGAUUUGAAAGCACCGGUUAUAGUCAUCCCACAGUCUUCUAUUUCCACCAAUGCAGUAGUGGUAGAUCUUGGGUUAAUCAGAGUUCAUAAUCAGUUCAGUCUGAUGUCUGAUGAAGACUACUUAAAUCCUCCAGUAAUUGAUAGAAUGGAUGUGCAGCUAACAAAGCUUACACUUUAUAGGACAGUGAUCCAGCCAGGCAUCCACCAUCCUGAUAUUCAGCUGUUGCACCCAAUUAACUUGGAAUUUCUUGUAAAUCGGAAUCUAGCUGCAUCUUGGUACCACAAGGUGCCUGUAGUGGAAAUUAAAGGACAUCUUGAUUCAAUAAAUGUUAGUCUAAAUCAAGAAGAUCUUAAUCUUUUAUUUAGGAUACUAACAGAAAAUCUCUGUGAGGGUACUGAAGACUUGGAUAAAGUGAAACCAAGAGUACAAGAGACAGGUGAAAUUAAAGAGCCCCUUGAAAUCUCUAUAUCACAACAAGAUGUACAUGAUUCAAAAAAUAGUUUAACAACUGGAGUGGAAGAAAUUAGGUCUGUAGACAUCAUUAAUAUGCUGCUGAAUUUUGAAAUUAAAGAGGUUGUGGUUACUUUGAUGAAAACAUCAGAAAAGAAAGGAAGGCCUUUACAUGAGCUAAAUGUCCUGCAACUUGGAAUGGAAGCUAAAGUUAAAACCUAUGACAUGACUGCUAAAGCUUAUCUAAAAAAAAUUAGUAUGCAGUGCUUUGAUUUCACUGACUCUAAAGGGGAACCUCUUCACAUUAUUAACUCUUCUAAUGUGACUGAUGAACCCCUUCUGAAAAUGUUACUGACAAAGGCAGACAGUGAUGGACCAGAAUUUAAAACUAUUCAUGACAGUACCAAACAGAGACUGAAGGUUUCGUUUGCAUCCUUAGACUUAGUACUUCAUUUGGAAGCUUUACUUUCCUUCAUGGAUUUUUUAUCAUCUGCUGCUCCAUUCUCUGAGCCUUCCUCUUCUGAGAAGGAAUCCGAGCUGAAACCACUUGUGGGGGAGUCCAGAAGUAUCGCUGUCAAAGCUGUAUCCAGCAACAUUUCCCAAAAGGAUGUGUUUGAUUUAAAGGUCACAGCUGAAUUAAAUGCAUUUAAUGUCUUUGUCUGUGAUCAGAAGUGUAACAUUGCAGAUAUUAAAAUACAUGGAAUGGAUGCCUCUAUUUCUGUGAAGCCUAAGCAGACUGAUGUGUUUGCCAGACUUAAAGAUAUUAUAGUUAUGAAUGUAGAUUUGCAGUCCAUUCACAAAAAGGCUGUCUCUAUUUUGGGAGAUGAAGUCUUUAGGUUCCAACUGGCUCUUUAUCCAGAUGCCACAGAAGGAGAGGCCUAUGCUGAUAUGUCCAAAGUAGACGGCAAACUUAGUUUCAAAGUGGGUUGUGUUCAGAUUGUUUAUGUUCAUAAAUUCUUCAUGUCUCUUUUGAACUUCCUCAACAAUUUCCAAACUGCUAAAGAAGCUUUGAGCACAGCCACAGUCCAGGCUGCAGAAAGAGCUGCUUCCAGCAUGAAAGACUUGGCUCAAAAGAGUUUCCGCCUUUUGAUGGAUAUUAAUUUGAAAGCACCAGUUAUUAUUAUUCCUCAGUCUUCAGUAUCACCUAAUGCUGUUAUAGCAGAUCUGGGUUUAAUCAGAGUUGAAAACAAGUUUAGCUUGGUUCCUAUGGAACAUUAUUCUCUUCCUCCAGUCAUUGAUAAAAUGAACAUCGAACUCACUCAGUUGAAGCUGUCAAGAACUAUUUUGCAGGCUAGCUUGCCACAAAAUGACAUUGAAAUUUUAAAACCAGUCAACAUGCUUUUGUCCAUACAGCGAAACUUAGCAGCAGCAUGGUAUGUGCAAAUUCCAGGGAUGGAGAUAAAAGGAAAACUAAAACCUAUGCAGGUUGCUCUCAGUGAAGAUGACUUGACAGUUUUAAUGAAAAUUUUGCUAGAAAAUCUUGGAGAAGCUUCCUCACAACCAAGCCCUACACAGUCUGUGCAGGAGACUAUAAGAGUGAGAAAAGUUGAUGUUUCAAGUGUACCUGACCAUCUCAAAGAACAAGAAGAUUGGACAGACUCAAAGCUCUCUAUGAACCAGAUUGUCAGUCUCCAAUUUGACUUUCACUUUGAAUCUCUUUCCAUUAUCCUUUAUAACAAUGAUAUCAACCAGGAAUCUGGAGUUGCAUUUCAUAAUGACAGUUUCCAACUUGGUGAACUCAGACUACAUCUUAUGGCCUCCUCAGGGAAGAUGUUUAAGGAUGGCUCAAUGAAUGUCAGCGUUAAACUUAAGACAUGCACCCUUGAUGAUCUCAGAGAAGGAAUUGAGAGAGCAACAUCGAGAAUGAUUGACAGAAAGAAUGACCAAGAUAACAACAGUUCUAUGAUUGAUAUAAGUUACAAACAAGACAAAAAUGGAAGUCAAAUUGAUGCUGUUCUUGACAAGCUGUAUGUAUGUGCCAGUGUGGAAUUUCUGAUGACUGUGGCAGAUUUCUUUAUCAAAGCUGUGCCUCAGAGUCCAGAAAAUGUGGCAAAAGAAACACAGAUUUUACCAAGACAGACUGCCACAGGGAAGGUCAAGAUAGAGAAAGAUGACUCUGUUAGACCAAAUAUGACUUUAAAGGCCAUGAUCACAGAUCCAGAAGUGGUAUUUGUUGCCAGCCUGACAAAGGCUGAUGCUCCUGCUCUGACAGCCUCGUUUCAGUGCAACCUUUCUCUGUCAACAUCCAAACUCGAACAGAUGAUGGAAGCUUCUGUGAGAGAUCUGAAAGUGCUCGCUUGCCCUUUUCUCAGAGAAAAGAGAGGGAAAAACAUUACCACAGUCUUGCAGCCCUGUUCUUUAUUUAUGGAAAAAUGUACGUGGGCUUCAGGAAAACAAAAUAUAAAUAUUAUGGUUAAAGAAUUUAUAAUUAAGAUUUCACCCAUAAUUCUUAAUACUGUGUUGACAAUCAUGGCUGCAUUGUCUCCAAAAACAAAAGAAGAUGGAUCCAAAGAUACAUCUAAGGAAAUGGAAAAUCUUUGGGGUAUCAAAUCGAUUAAUGAUUAUAACACUUGGUUUCUUGGUGUUGACACGGCAACAGAAAUAACGGAAAGUUUCAAGGGCAUUGAACAUUCACUGAUAGAGGAAAAUUGUGGUGUUGUUGUAGAAUCCAUUCAAGUUACCUUAGAAUGUGGCCUUGGACAUCGAACUGUACCUUUGUUAUUGGCAGAGUCUAAGUUUUCAGGAAAUAUUAAAAAUUGGACUUCUCUAAUGGAUGCUGCUGCUGACGUGACACUACAGGUGCACUAUUACAAUGAGAUCCAUGCUGUCUGGGAGCCACUGAUUGAGAGAGUGGAGGGGAAGAGACAAUGGAAUUUAAGGCUUGAUGUAAAGAAGAACCCAGUUCAGGAUAAAAGUUUGCUGCCAGGAGAUGAUUUUAUUCCUGAGCCACAAAUGGCAAUUCAUAUUUCUUCAGGAAAUACAAUGAAUAUAACAAUAUCCAAAAGUUGUCUUAAUGUUUUCAACAAUUUAGCAAAAGGUUUUUCAGAGGGCACUGCUUCUACUUUUGACUACUCUUUAAAGGACAGAGCUCCUUUUACGGUAAAAAAUGCUGUAGGUGUUCCCAUUAAGGUGAAGCCCAAUUUUAAUCUCAGAGUAAUGGGCUUCCCUGAGAAAAGUGAUAUUUUUGAUGUUGAUGCUGGCCAGAAUUUGGAACUGGAGUAUGCCAGCAUGGUACCUUCAAGUCAAGGGAACCUAUCUAUAUUGAGCCGUCAAGAAAGCUCUUUCUUCACUCUGACCAUUGUACCUCACGGAUAUACAGAAGUUGCAAAUAUCCCUGUGGCCAGACCUGGACGGCGAUUGUAUAAUGUACGGAAUCCCAAUGCCAGUCAUUCUGACUCUGUCUUGGUACAAAUUGAUGCAACUGAAGGGAAUAAAGUAAUUACCCUUCGCUCUCCUCUACAGGUUUCAGCAUAUGGUCAACAAAAGAACUUUUUUUUCCUACCUGUAACAUCAGAUACAAAUGAAAAGAUCAAAAACCAUUUCUCCAUUGCAUUUAUCAUCUAUAAAUUUGUUAAGAAUGUUAAGCUAUUGGAGCGCAUUGGGAUAGCCAGACCUGAAGAGGAGUUCCAUGUUCCUUUAGAUUCAUAUAGGUGUCAAUUGUUUAUCCAGCCAGCUGGAAUCUUAGACCAUCAGUACAAAGAAUCUACCACUUACAUUUCCUGGAAGGAAGAACUUCAUAGGAGCAGGGAAGUCAGAUGCAUGUUGCAGUGCCCAUCAGUAGAAGUCAGCUUCUUACCUCUCAUAGUGAAUACAGUUGCUCUGCCUGAUGAAUUAAGCUACAUAUGUACACAUGGGGAAGACUGGGAUGUAGCUUACAUUAUUCAUCUUUAUCCUUCUCUCACUUUGCGGAAUCUUCUCCCAUAUUCCCUAAGAUAUUUACUUGAGGGAACAGCAGAAACUCAUGAGCUGGCAGAAGGCAGUACUGCUGAUGUUCUGCAUUCGAGAAUCAGUGGUGAAAUAAUGGAAUUAGUCCUGGUGAAAUACCAGGGCAAAAACUGGAAUGGACAUUUCCGCAUACGUGAUACACUUCCAGAAUUCUUUCCUGUGUGUUUUUCUUCUGAUUCCACAGAAGUGACGACAGUCGACCUGUCAGUCCACGUCAGGAGAAUUGGCAGCCGGAUGGUGCUGUCUGUCUUUAGUCCCUAUUGGUUAAUCAACAAGACUACCCGGGUUCUCCAGUAUCGUUCAGAAGAUAUUCAUGUGAAACAUCCAGCUGAUUUCAGGGAUAUUAUUUUAUUUUCUUUCAAGAAGAAGAACAUUUUUACUAAAAAUAAGGUACAAUUAAAAAUUUCAACUAGUGCCUGGUCCAGUAGUUUCUCAUUGGAUACAGUGGGAAGUUAUGGGUGUGUGAAGUGUCCUGCCAACAAUAUGGAGUACCUGGUUGGUGUUAGCAUCAAAAUGAGCAGUUUCAACCUUUCACGAAUAGUUACCCUGACUCCCUUUUGUACCAUUGCAAACAAGUCAUCAUUAGAACUAGAAGUUGGCGAGAUUGCAUCUGAUGGCUCAAUGCCAACUAAUAAAUGGAACUAUAUUGCUUCUUCAGAGUGCCUUCCAUUUUGGCCAGAAAAUUUGUCAGGCAAACUUUGUGUGAGAGUGGUGGGCUGUGAAGGAUCUUCCAAACCAUUCUUUUAUAACCGACAGGAUAAUGGCACUUUAUUGAGCUUAGAAGAUCUGAAUGGGGGUAUCUUGGUGGAUGUAAACACUGCCGAACAUUCAACUGUCAUAACUUUUUCUGAUUACCAUGAGGGAUCUGCACCUGCCUUGAUAAUGAACCAUACACCAUGGGACAUCCUCACAUACAAACAGAGUGGGUCACCAGAAGAAAUGGUCUUGCUGCCAAGACAGGCUCGACUUUUUGCCUGGGCAGAUCCUACUGGUACCAGAAAACUUACAUGGACAUAUGCAGCAAAUGUUGGGGAACAUGAUCUGUUAAAGGAUGGAUGUGGACAGUUUCCAUAUGAUGCAAACAUCCAGAUACACUGGGUAUCAUUUCUGGAUGGGCGCCAGAGAGUUUUGCUUUUCACCGAUGAUGUUGCCUUGGUUUCCAAAGCACUGCAGGCAGAAGAAAUGGAACAGGCUGAUUAUGAAAUAACCUUGUCUCUCCACAGUCUUGGGCUUUCACUGGUUAACAAUGAAAGCAAGCAGGAAGUUUCAUAUAUUGGGAUAACCAGUUCUGGUGUUGUUUGGGAGAUGAAACCAAAGCAGAAAUGGAAGCCAUUUAGUCAAAAGCAGAUAAUCUUAUUGGAACAAUCCUAUCAGAAACAUCAAAUAUCAAGAGACCAUGGCUGGAUUAAGCUAGAUAAUAAUUUUGAGGUCAAUUUUGAUAAAGAUCCAAUGGAAAUGCGCCUCCCUAUUCGUUGCCCUAUUAAACGAGACUUUUUAUCAGGAAUUCAGAUUGAAUUUAAGCAAUCUUCUCACCAGAGAAGUUUAAGGGCCAGGUUGUACUGGCUUCAGGUUGAUAAUCAGUUACCAGGUGCAGUGUUCCCUGUUGUAUUUCAUCCUGUUGCCCCUCCAAAAUCUAUUGCUUUAGAUUCAGAGCCCAAGCCUUUCAUUGAUGUGAGUGUCAUCACAAGAUUUAAUGAGUACAGUAAAGUCUUACAGUUCAAGUAUUUUAUGGUCCUCAUUCAGGAAAUGGCCUUAAAAAUUGAUCAAGGGUUUCUAGGAGCUAUUAUUGCACUGUUUACCCCAACAACAGACCCUGAAGCUGAAAGAAGACGGACUAAGUUAAUCCAACAAGAUAUUGAUGCUCUAAAUGCAGAAUUAAUGGAGACUUCAAUGACUGAUAUGUCAAUUCUUAGUUUCUUUGAACAUUUCCAUAUUUCUCCUGUGAAGUUGCAUUUGAGUUUGUCUUUGGGUUCCGGAGGUGAAGAAUCAGACAAAGAAAAACAGGAAAUGUUUGCAGUUCAUUCUGUCAACUUGCUGUUGAAAAGCAUAGGUGCUACUCUGACUGAUGUGGAUGACCUUAUAUUCAAACUUGCUUAUUAUGAAAUUCGAUAUCAGUUCUACAAGAGAGAUCAGCUUAUAUGGAGUGUUGUUAGGCAUUACAGUGAACAGUUCUUGAAACAGAUGUAUGUCCUUGUAUUGGGGUUAGAUGUACUUGGAAACCCAUUUGGAUUAAUUAGAGGUCUGUCUGAAGGAGUUGAAGCUUUAUUCUAUGAACCCUUCCAGGGUGCUGUUCAAGGCCCUGAAGAAUUUGCAGAGGGGUUAGUGAUUGGAGUGAGAAGCCUCUUUGGACACACAGUAGGUGGUGCAGCAGGAGUUGUAUCUCGAAUCACUGGUUCUGUUGGGAAAGGUUUGGCAGCAAUUACAAUGGACAAGGAAUAUCAGCAAAAAAGAAGAGAAGAGUUGAGUCGACAGCCCAAAGAUUUUGGAGACAGCCUGGCCAGAGGAGGAAAGGGCUUUCUGCGAGGAGUUGUUGGUGGAGUGACUGGAAUAAUAACAAAACCUGUGGAAGGUGCCAAAAAGGAAGGAGCUGCUGGAUUCUUUAAAGGAAUUGGAAAAGGGCUUGUGGGUGCUGUGGCCCGUCCAACUGGUGGAAUCGUAGAUAUGGCCAGUAGUACCUUCCAAGGCAUUCAGAGGGCAGCAGAAUCAACUGAGGAAGUAUCUAGCCUCCGUCCCCCUCGCCUGAUCCAUGAAGAUGGCAUCAUUCGUCCUUAUGACAGACAGGAAUCUGAGGGCUCUGACUUACUUGAGAAUCAUAUCAAAAAGUUGGAAGGAGAGACUUACCGAUACCACUGUGCUAUUCCUGGAAGCAAGAAGACAAUCCUUAUGGUUACAAAUAGGCGAGUGUUGUGUAUAAAGGAAGUUGAAAUCCUGGGCCUUAUGUGUGUAGACUGGCAAUGUCCAUUUGAAGAUUUUGUAUUUCCUCCUAGUGUCAGUGAAAAUGUGCUAAAAAUUUCAGUUAAGGAACAGGGUCUGUUCCACAAAAAAGACAGUGCCAAUCAAGGCUGUGUUCGAAAAGUUUACCUGAAGGACACCGCCACAGCAGAGAGAGCAUGUAAUGCCAUUGAGGAUGCACAGUCAACGAGACAGCAGCAAAAAUUGAUGAAGCAGUCAUCAGUGAGACUUCUCAGACCCCAAUUGCCAUCUUAAUCACAGACCCCAGGGGCUCCAACAGGGAGAAAAAACAAUCACUGGUCUUGUCUAUAAAUCACUCUGCUUUAUCUUGCUAAAGACAAUUUUUCAAGCAAUCCUUCAGUUUUAGUUUUCUGGAAUAGCUAGUAUUGGGUUUUCUAGUUUUUUCACCUUUUAGUUUUUCCUCUAAUUUUGUAACCAUGUAUAUGCUAGCAGUCCACUUCUACGCCACCACCCAAAUGGGUCAGACCCUUGAAGAAAUGUCACUUCAAACUCAGAAUGAAAUUUUCAUUAAUAUUAAAAUUGUGAAGCAAAGGUCAAUAGGCUUAUAUUUAAUUAAAGCCUUACUGAAGAAUAAGAAGUGAGCUUAGAAUGACUAGUGUUCUUUGAAAGGUUUUUUUAUUUUUGUUUUUUUGGGGUUUUUUUUUUUUGAGACCGAGUCUUGCUCUGUCGCCCAGGCUGGAAUGCAGUGGUGCGAUCUUGGCUCACUGCAAUCUCUGCCUCUCGGGUUCAAGCGGUUCUACUGCCUCAGCCUCCUGAGUAGCUAGGAUUACAGGUGUGUGCCACCACGCCUGGGUAAUUUUUUUUUUUUUUGUAUUUUUAGUAGAGAUGAGUUUCACCAUGUUGGUCAGUCUAGUCUCGAACUCCUGACCUUGUGAUCCGCAUGCCUCAGCCUCCCAAAGUGCUGGGAUGACAGGCAUGAGCCACCAUGGCCCGCCAAAAGGCUUUAACCCAUGAACAAAUGUUGGAUCCUGACAUUUUGUUUAAGAGUGAUUUGUUCAAUAAUUGAACUGAGUUAACAUUCUUGGUAAACCAGGUAAUUGAAUGAAGAAAGGUCACUAAAGGGAGAAAUGACAUGUUUUCUAUUUUCUUUUCAUGAAAACACUGUUUUUCCCCCUAAUAAAGCAUAUUUUACUUUGGUGCUUAUUUUUCCUCCUUGCAGUCUAAUAAAAAAAUCUGGACAAUCAAACCUUAAAAUAUCUACACUCUGCCCUCUGUAAUGUAGCAUUCAUAAAAAUUUGGAAGUAUUUACAUCCUCUUUCAAGAUGAGCUUAUAUGACACAAUUAUUAUUUGCUGAUACAUGAAAAUACUGCACUUUAAGUUUCUCAAGACUCUGAAAUAUGUAAAAUUCAAUAUUUUUAUAUUCCCAGAAAUUGUUUCUUACAGGUUGAAAGACUUUUAAGGGCAUCACAAAUUAACAUUUACUCCUAAUGCACACCUAGAAUGUAUUUUAAAUACUUACUAAGAAGAAUGAAAAUUCUUUGGUUGUUUUAUGUAUAAAUAAGGCAUAUAUAAUGACACUGUGUUCUGUGAGGGAGCAGGCCCUGUGAGAAUCAAUUCAGGACAGUAUUGUUUUUUUGUCCUUUCUCCAUCCUUGAUCAGAGAUAAACUAUUAAAACUUUAAAAAAUACUCAAAAAUAUGUAAGUUUUUUGGUUGAACCUUUAGAUUUGCUCAUAAUGUUUAACAUAACAACAUUUAUUUCAAAUCACUGAAUUCAUGGAGAUGUGGACACGCUUGGUUUGCUCUAUUUUUGUUUAUGUGUGAUAGUGGUUCUGUCAUCAUCAUUCAUGGUUCUUAAGGCCUGGUCAUAAAACUUUAAAUUUUACUAGUGUUACUUAAUGUAUAUUCUAAAAAGAGAAUGCAGUAACUAAUGCCCUAAAUGUUUGAUCUCUGUUUGUCAUUACUUUUUCAAAAUUAUUUUUUUCUGUAAAGUAUAAUAUAUAAAACUUCUUGCUUAAAUUGAAUUUCUAUAUUAGUGGUUAAUUGCAGUUUAUUAAAGGGAUCAUUAUCAGUAAUUUCAUAGCAACUGUUCUAGUGUUUUGUGUUUUUAAAACAGAAUUAGGAAUUUGAGAUAUCUGAUUAUAUUUUUCAUAUGAAUCACAGCUGUUGACAAUGUCCCAUAUAUUUAAGAAAUUAUAUCAUACUGAUACUAUUUGUAACAUUUUGAUUUGAUUUAAUCUCCAGGGACAGAAAUAAUUCAUUGGUAAAGUGUAAUAAUGCGUUUUUUAAAAAUGCUUUGAGAGGUAAUUACUUGCAUAUGAGAGAAAUAAAACAUUUGGCACAUUGUU